AUGCAAGAAGCAUACAGGAAGGAUGUUGAAAGAGCAUUUGGAAUACUACAGGCUCGAUGGGCUAUUGUUCGGGGCCCUGCAUGUAUGUGGUGCAAGGAUAACCUCCACUCAAUCAUAAUGACGUGUAUAAUUUUGCACAACAUGAUUAUGGAGGAUGAGUACGAAUAUGUUGAAGAGAAAUCUGAUGAUGAGGAUAUGUGUCCACAACGACCUAGGCGGGCCAGAGCAAGACAAUAUGAGCUAGAGCCAAGCAUUACAUACGAGUACCACCAAGAUAGGCAGACUCUCUCUGAUUACAUGAUUCGUCAUAAUGGACUUAUAUCUCCACAUAUGCAUCAGAGUCUCCGACAUGAUUUGAUUGAUCACCUUUGGAGGAGCUUUGGAGAUGGUGAAUGA